AUGGAUAUUGAAGAAUACAAAAAACUUGCAAGAAAUAAAAUUGAAGCUGACGCUUUAACUCAACAGGUGAGAGAUAUAAUAAAAAUAACAAAAUGGCAAAAACAAGAUGUUCGGGAAGGAUUUAAAGAGACAUUUAAACCACUUAUUAAAUCUCAAGAUAGUAUUAAAAAAAGUAUUGAUGAGCAGCAAAACGCAACUAUAGAACAACUUAAAAAAAAUCAACUUGCAUUAACAUCAGGAUUGGAAAAAAUUAAUGAAACUAAUUUAAGAUUGGCUGAAAUGAGAGAAUUACCAGCUUUGGAAGGUGAAUAUGAAGAAGCAGCAGCAGCACCAUCAACAUCUAAAGCAAAAUUACCUACACGUUAUAACAUUGAAAAAAAUUUUGACAAAGUUGAUUUAGAAGCAUUAGAAUUUCUGGGCUAUCCAAGGCCAAAUUAUUUUUUUGGUACUGAUAUUGAUAGACUUGAAAAAAUAAAUGAUGAAGUAAAAAAUGACGUAAAAAUGUUUACAGGAGAAAUAGCUGGUUUGAAUAGAAAAAAAAAUAAAACAAAAGAAGAUAAAGAAGAAAUAGAAAGGAUUAAAAUGCAAAAAGAUUUACUAUUUAAAUACAGAAACAUUCUUAAACUUUAUUUAGGUUCACUUGAGUAUAAAAUGGGACAAGGAAUGAUUUACUUUAACAACCCACAUCAACUUCUAGAAAGACUUGAAUUACUUGGUGGUUCAAUUCUUGCUGGGAAUAAUGGUGUGAUACCUGAGUUUUCUCAAAUAGCACAUCUUCUCAACCAAAUGAAAGUAAUUACAAAAAAACAACUAAAUGAUUUAAUAAAAACUUAUAUAACAAUUAGAUAAAAAUGGAAGAACGAGCUAUUCACAUUUCUUCAAUAAAUAGGGAAAAAAGAGGAACAAGCAGGCCUGGUGAUUUUACUAUUAAGUUUAAUCUAUCUUUGAAACUUGACCCUGAAAAAAAUCAUAAAAUUGCUCUUGAUCGGUUGUCCAUGACUUACUCUUGGUACAACAUUAGAAGUGAUUAUGGAAACAAUAAAAUUAAAUACACUCAUGAUGGAACCAACUGGCAAACAAUUACUUUUGUAGAUGGGAUGUAUUCCUACUCAGAUAUUAAUGAUUACAUUCAUCAGUAUAUGGUACAAAAGUCUCAUCACUCAACAGAUUCAAGUGGACAAAAAACUUAUUCAAUAAAUCUAACUUUUAUACUAUCUACUUAUCGAGUUCUCAUAUCAAUUGAUGGUGAUUAUCAACUUGAUCUAAGAGGAACAGAAUUUGGAAAACUAAUUGGUUUUGAAAAGAAACUUAUUACAAAAACAGAGUAUGGAACAAAACUACCAAAUAUAACAAAUUCAAUAGAUGUACUCAAUAUCAACACAACCGCAAUAACUAAUAGCAUUGUAAAUGGUAUAAAUACAAAUACCAUAGCUGUGAUACCAACUGAUAAUCUUACAAGGUCUUUUCCAUUUACUUUUGAACCUAAAAGACCACUGUAUUGUGAUGUCUCUUCAUUUCACAUUGAUGAAAUGAGAAUCUAUGUUACAGACUCACUUGGAAGACCAGUAAAUUUUAAUGGUAUUGAUUGGUAUAUGACUUUGAUACUCCACUCGAUGUAAUAUAACUAUUAAUAUAAAAUGAUGCGACAAUCAGAGUUUAAAAUGAAACUUGACCCUGAAUUGGGUAGAUAUACAAGACAACAUAUUUAUGGAGAAGGAAUGAUGGAUGUGUUUAAAUCAGUUGGUAAAAAAAUAUUUGGAAAAACAAUGAAAAAAGCUGCUAAAAAAAGUGGUGAAAAAGUACUAACAAUGGCUGCAACAAAAACUGGUGAACAUGCUGGUAAAAAGGCUGGUGAUAAGAUAGUUCAAAUGUUAUCAAAAGAGGGGGUAACACCCAAAAAACGUACUAGUACAAAAAAAGUUACUUUAAAUAAAAAUGUUGAAACAAUUCCAAACACUCAACAAGAGAUAAAUCAAAGAGUGAAUGCCAUUCUUAGUGGGGGUUCAGCACGUAAGAGAAAAUUAUAUAAUUAUUAAAAUAAAAUGAAGUCUUUUAGAAAUCCAAAAUAUUUAGAAAGAUAUGAAGAUGUUGUUUUUGACCUUGAACAGGCUUUAGCAACACCUGCAAAUAAUGCUAAUCAAACUAAAACAGGUCAUAGAUUUGUUGCUGAUAAUACAGGAGAAGCUACUCCUUUUGAUUGGUAUAACGCGCGAUUUUCAGUAGAUUUCAAAGUUCAACUUUUAGAUGGAAAUGAUUUUAAUAAUAAUAACGCACAAUCGGGAAUAGUAAAUGGUUCAAAUAGUUUAAUUGAAAAAAUAUCUAUCCUAGCAAAUGGGCGAGAUGUUUACAGUUGCAACUAUGCUAAUCAUAUAGUAAAUAUUAAAAAUUUGCUUGAGUAUAAUCCAUCUUAUGUUAAGAGUGUUGCAACAAAUGAAUUUUAUUAUCUUGAUACAUCAAGAAAUGCAAAUACAGUGAGGUAUACAACAAGAAAUGUUCAACACGUAAGAAAUGCUGCUGAUAAUGCUGAGGAAAGAGCAAAUUUAGUUAGUGGAGAUAAUAAUAAUUACAACAAAGGUUUUGCAGUAAGAAGAGCGCUAAUAGGUAACUCAGCAACAAUUAGUUGUGAAAUUCCUCUUAACAGAUAUUCUUUCUUUGAAUCAUUAGAGGAUAAACUUCUUCCAAAUACAAAAAUUGAAUUGAAUAUAGAACUAGAAUCGGAUAACAAUCUUAUCUGGAGAACUGGAGGUAACGCUUGUAGAGUUGUACUAACAAGAUUUCAACUAUUUGUUCCAAGAUUAACAUUUAACUCAGAAGGACAAAAACUAUACAUGGAAAAUUAUCUUAAACCCUACAAAUGGGUGUAUCUUAAUGAAGUAGUAGAGCGAUCAAAUAACUCUCAACAGCAAACAGGUCAUUUUAGAAUUACAAAUGCAAUCUCAAAACCACGUCAUGUAUUUGUUUUUGGAAUUAACACAGCCAAUAUUGAUUCACAAACAGCAAAUCCAUUCUUAUACAACACUUUUAAUUUACCAAAUAAUGCUAAUAUAUCUCGCUGUUAUCUCGAGGUUGGAAAUGGAAAUGAGUACCCUGAUAUUCACUUUAAACCAGCUACAGAUCCAGCAAGAGUUUUCAGAGAAGUAAUGUCAUAUGUUUACGCAAAUAAUGACUUUCAAGGUGGAACACUACUUACUAGAACAAAUUUUGGGUCUUUUUUCCCGUUUGUUUACUUUGACUUGACAAAACAAAAAAUGGAUAUAAAAGAUGGAGUUACAAAAUUGUCGUUUCAUUACGAAUUAUCUGCUAAUCCAAACGCUGAUUAUAAUAUCUACGCUUUAAUACUUCACGAACGAGAAGCAGAAAUCGAACAGCAAGGAGGAAAACUAUUGCUUAGAGCUUAA